GAGGUUGAGCAUUUUCAAGAAAAGUUAACAUUGAUGUUUCUUUUGUUUUUCUUUGUAUCACAGGAGUCAUCAGAACUGCCUUGCAUAAUAUGGACAGGGAAGCCAGAGAGCAUUAUUCCGUUGUCAUUCAAGCCAAAGAUAUGGCUGGACAGGUUGGAGGGCUAUCGGGGUCAACAACUGUAAACAUCACACUCACUGAUGUCAACGACAAUCCUCCCAGGUUUCCUCAGAAACAUUAUGAGCUAUAUGUUCCUGAAUCAGCUCAAGUUGGAUCAGCAGUAGGCAAAAUCAAGGCAAAUGAUGCAGAUGCUGGCUCUAAUGCAGACAUGAAGUACACAGUCAUAAACGGUGAUGGCUCUGGAAUAUUUUCCAUAUCCACUGACGAAGAGACAUGGGAAGGAAUUAUUUCCCUAAAGAAGCCUCUCAACUAUGAAAAAAAGAAAUCCUAUACUCUUAAUAUAGAAGGCGCAAAUACACACCUUGAUUUCCGCUUUUCACACUUGGGACCAUUUAAAGAUGUAACAAUGCUGAAGAUCAUUGUUGGGGAUGUGGAUGAACCUCCAAUCUUCUCUAUGCCUUUCUAUGUCAUGGAAGUUUAUGAAAAUGCAAAGAUUGGAACUGUUAUUGGUACAGUGGCAGCACAAGAUCCUGACAGUGUUGACAGCUUAAUAAGAUAUUUCAUUGAUCAUAAUACAGAAGAAGAUAGGUAUUUCAUCAUUGAUGCUAAUACUGGAACCAUUAAAACUGCCAAGAUCUUUGACAGAGAGGAAAUACCUUGGUACAACAUCACAGUUGCUGCUUCUGCAUUAGACAACCCUGGCCUGUUAAGCCAUGUUCCAGUUGAUAUUAGAAUCCUGGAUGUCAAUGACAACCCUCCAGAGCUUGCCAGAGAAUAUGAUAUUUUUGUCUGUGAGAAUGCAAAUCCCGGCCAGCUAAACCAGCUGUCGCUGAAGGGAAAGCCACACCAGCCCAGGCAGCUGACCGAAGCCGGGGGAGCCACAAGCACUGGAGGGUCCACCACGACCUCAUGUGACAGCACAUCACAGUCUUGCAAGACAUGAAGCAAACACUUGCCCAAAAGUGAUAGAAAUGUAGCCGUGUUAGUCUGCGAUGAUGCCAAGUGGCACUAUCGCUGCUGGUGCGGCAGGGCGAAAACAUGUGUGCCAUCAUCCAGGAGGUGAUGGCAUACCCAGGUCUUGUCCCUGCUCCCGCUCCCCGCAUUCCCACUUCCUGCAUCCCUGCUCCCCCUGCCAUCCCUGAGCCUGCCCAGCCACCUGUUGUCCCAGGCUCCACCCAACCCCGAGUCUCCAGAUCCGAGGCGGCACUUGCAGGUGCUCCACGCACCACUCCCAGCCCUGAGCCCCCCUCCAGGUUCUCAGCCCCCCCUUUUUUUCCCCUCUCCAGGUUUUCAACCCCACUCCACCUCAGUUACUUUGAUUAUAAAGAACAAAUAACAAAGUUUAUUUUGAAAGCAAAACUGGUG